CCGCCAAAGACUCGCCACAGAAAUAAACCGGUCCCUCCAUUUCCUCUCUCCUUCUCUCCCCUUCUUCUGUGGGAGAGAAGAAGCCACCGCCAAAACCACCAUAAUGGAGGCUUCUCAUCGCGAUCAACGGUCUAGAUCUUCUAGACCCGCCACCAUCCAUGCUUACGCCCAGUCUGGUGAUCUUCAUGGUUUGCAGAAGCUGCUCCGCGCCAAUCCUUCUCUUCUUAAUGAAAGAAACCCUGUUAUGGCACAGACUCCACUUCACGUGUCCUCUGGCAACAACAGGGCUGAGAUAGUUAAAUUCCUGCUUGAUUGGCGAGGAGCAGAGAAAGUUGAAUUGGAAGCCAAGAACAUGUAUGGAGAAACUCCAUUACACAUGGCAGCAAAGAAUGGGUGCAAUGAUGCUGCACGAUUGCUUCUUGCCCACGGUGCUUUUGUUGAAGCCAAAGCAAAUGUACAGUUUCUUGGCCUUUUCUAUAUCUAUUUUUUUUCGUUUGGUUUAACAUUAAGACAGGGAAGUAAUCGUGCAGAGUGGGAUGACACAGUUAUACCUAAUUUAAGCUGCUUUUAUUUGUAUAUAUUCUUUGUGCAGAAUGGGAUGACACCAUUACACCUUGCUGUUUGGUAUUCAAUCAGAUCAGAUGAUUGCUCAACUGUCAAGACAUUGCUCGAGUAUAAUGCUGAUUGCAGUGCUAAGGAUAAUGAGGGUAUGGCUCCUAUUAAUCAUCUCUCACUAGGUCCAGGAAGUGAGAAGUUGCGCAAAUUAUUACAAUGGCACCUUGAAGAGCAGCAAAAGAAAAGAGCACUAGAAGCUUGCACUGGAACAAAAGCUAAGAUGGAAGAACUUGAAAAUGCACUAUCAAACAUAGUGGGGUUGCAUGAGCUUAAGGUGCAACUAAGAAAAUGGGCAAAGGGGAUGCUUUUGGAUGAGAGGCGCAGGGCCCUUGGGCUAAAAGUGGGCGUACGAAGACCUCCUCAUAUGGCUUUCUUGGGAAAUCCUGGGACAGGUAAGACAAUGGUGGCUCGAAUACUUGGACGAUUACUUCAUUUGGUGGGUGUUCUACCAACUGACAAGGUAACAGAAGUUCAACGUACGGAUUUGGUUGGUGAAUUUGUUGGUCAUACUGGACCCAAGACUAGGAGGAAGAUUAAAGAAGCAGAAGGAGGAAUUCUUUUUGUGGAUGAAGCAUAUCGGCUCAUACCCAUGCAGAAAGCAGAUGAUAAGGACUAUGGGUUAGAAGCCUUGGAAGAAAUCAUGUCUGUUAUGGAUAGUGGAAAAGUAGUUGUUAUAUUUGCUGGGUACAGUGAACCAAUGAAGCGCGUCAUUGCUUCUAAUGAAGGCUUCUGUAGAAGGGUUACAAAGUUUUUCCAUUUUGAUGACUUCACUUCUGAAGAUUUAGCUAAGAUAGUCCAUAUCAAGAUGCAAAAUCAAGAAGAAGAUGGUUUGUUGUAUGGAUUUAAUUUACAUUCUAACUGCAGUAUAGAUUCCAUUGCGAGAUUGAUAGAGAAAGGAACAACAGAAAAGCAACGCACGGAGAUGAAUGGAGGUUUAGUAGAUACAAUGCUAGUAAAUGCUAGAGAGAACUUAGACUUGAGGCUGGAUUUUGAUUGUAUAGAUGCUGAUGAACUACGAACCAUCACAUUGGAGGAUUUGGAAGCGGGCCUUCAGCUGUUAUCACAAUCAUGAGAAGAAAAUGAUGAUAAGAAGAAAAACUUGCAGAAAUAAUCUUGUUAGGCAGUUACAGCUAGUGUAUUUUAUUGUUGGCAGAGGUUCAUUUUGGUAUUGCCUUCAAAUUCAAUUGGGUAAUGUUUCCAUUAUUAGGGGGAUUGUUGCUCAAAGUUCUGUAAACGCAUCUAUCUUCCUUCUAGUUGCUGACGAUGAUAAUAUGACGGGCCUUCUUAUGAGUCGUGAUAAUUUUUCUUCUGCAUUUUUUAUUUGAUUCAUUGAUUCGAUUGUUUCAUUUGUACCUUUUAGAUGGCAAUAAUAUUUCUGGUAACUAUGGCUUUGCCACAAUUGGUUUA